GGCGGACAACCUCUGCGGCCGGCCACUUAUACCCUUUACGAUACCUCAUUCGUCAAGAUCUAGCUACUUGCGUUCUCAGAAAGAGGUCGUGAUUGUUUUAUCUCCGUCUGCAGGACAUGUUCCCGGUUCUUGUAGGACACUUCGCGCGACCGGGACCACACAAUAUCGCACUCUGGCGGCAUUUCUUUGCGGCAUCUCAGACAUGUAGACGCUCUUUGGUUAGCUUUUCAUCCUUGAAAUAUUGCUCAGCGGGAAGAUCUCGACGGUGUUAUGGACACUUGGCUCAGGGGAAAUCUCAGGAAGCCGGAAGGAAGAAUGAAGGGUUCAAAGAGAAGCCUUCGACUCCUCCCAACUCAAAGUCUUCGACUUCAGGCGAUAUUCUGUCCGAGGUAGCACCACCGACACUAUCACAAGAGCGAAGAAACAAUUGGAUAGUGAUCAAACGCCUCAUGGAAAAUGUAUGGCCCAAGAAUGAUUGGAAGACACGCGGGACAGUAGUGAUGGGAUUCGUGUUCCUUUUUGGCGGAAAAUUGCUCAACGUUCAAGUGCCACUAAUAUUCAAGCAAAUCAUUGAUACUUUGAACUUGGAUAUCACUUCGAGUACAACUGUAUGGACAGUCGGCGGUUCACUUAUUCUUGGCUAUGGGGCUGCUAGAAUUGGCGCAAACGUUUUUGGGGAACUACUGAACGCUACCUUCGCCAAUAUUGGACAACGCGCCGUACGAAAAGUUGCACGCGAAACAUUCGAUCAAAUCAUGAGCAUGGAUAUGAAGUUUCAUCUAUCGCGUCAAACCGGAGGUUUAACAAGAGCAAUUGAUCGAGGAACGAAGGGAAUAAGUUUCCUGGUACAGGCGGUUCUCUUUCGGAUAAUACCUACCGCCGUCGAGAUUUCUUUGGUUUGCGGUAUCUUGACGUACAAGUUCGGAUGGAACUUUGCUGCCAUAACAGUCGGGACUCUCGCCGCCUAUACGUGGUUUACUGUCCGUACAACUGCUUGGAGAACUCGUUUCCGUCGUGAGGCAAACAAGGCCGACAAUCAGGCUGCCACCAUUGCAGUUGAUUCAUUACUUAAUUACGAAGCUGUCAAGCAUUUCAACAAUGAGAAGUUUGAGACUGCACAAUAUGACAAGCACCUCAAGGAUUACGAGUCUUCCUCCGUUAAGAUAACGACUUCCCUGUCAUUCCUCAACUCGGGGCAAAACGUGAUAUUCUCGAGUGCAUUGACAAUGACUAUGUUGAUGGCUGCACAAGGUGUCAUUGAAGGAACUAUGACUGUGGGUGACCUUGUAAUGGUCAAUCAAUUGAUUUUCCAGCUUUCCUUCCCUCUGAAUUUCCUUGGGACCAUCUACCGAGAAAUGAAGCAGAACCUCUUGGAUAUGGAGGUUCUCUUCAAAUUACGCGAGGAGAAUCCGCCUCUUCAAGACAAACCUGGUGCAAAACCCCUACAACUACGCGGGGGGUCCAUCCGGUUCGAGAACGUAGACUUUGCCUACCAUCCUGACCGUCCCAUCUUCCGAAAUCUCUCCUUCACCGUUCCUGCGGGGAAGAAAGUAGCAAUUGUUGGUCCCUCCGGAUGCGGAAAGUCAACUGUGUUCCGUCUUCUAUUCCGAUUUUACGAUCCCUCGUCUGGACGAAUCUUCAUAGACGACCAAGAUGUUCGAGAUUUACAAAUCAAGAGUGUUCGGGAGAAUAUCGGUGUGGUACCACAGGAUACACCACUUUUCCACGCGGAUGUUAUGCACAAUGUGCGGUAUGGAAGGUUGUCGGCGACAGAUGAAGAGGUCAUAGAGGCGGCCAAGAAGGCCAAUGUGCAUAACACGGUUACGGGACUACCAGAAGGGUAUAAGACGAAGGUGGGGGAGAGAGGGUUGAUGAUCAGUGGAGGAGAGAAGCAGAGGUUGGCGGUGGCUCGAGUCUUAUUGAAGGAUCCUCCGAUUUUGUUCUUUGACGAAGCGACUUCGGCGCUGGAUUCCAACACAGAAACGGAGCUGAUGCGGAAUAUCAACAAUACCCUAUUAGAUCAGUCGAGAACGAGCAUAUUUAUUGCUCACCGACUCAAGACCGUUGUCGAAGCUGAUCUCAUUGUUGUUCUGAAGGAUGGUCAGGUAGCUGAACAGGGAACCCACGAGCAACUGAUUAGAAAAGGCGGCUUGUAUUUCACAAUGUGGCAACAACAAUCCUCUGCAGAAUUGUUAUCGGAGGCAGAGCUAUCGGAUGUCACGUCGUAGAUAAGGAGUGGUGGCAUGCUUGAGGCGUAUUUCUUAGAUUUAUCGUAUUCUAUACAUAUGUAGACCUGUAACCGGCCCUUCAAACGAUGGCU